CAGGCGCAUGAGCGGAAGCGUGGUUAUUUUUUUUUUCUCUCGGUCAAUUUGAGACGUUAUUCAGCAACGGGGAAUUACGGAAUGAUUGGGUCCUUUUGGCUUUUUGAUCUUCUCCGCUGAUCACUAGUGUUCGGUGCCUCUGCCCGUGAGACGUGACUAUGGCUGAAGACUUCUUACUAGCCCUCCGGUUACAAGAGGAAUAUGACCGGGAGCUGGCAGGGCCCUCGUGGGAAGUGUACGAAGAUGACAGCCCCGAAAUCAUCCACACCGUGUCCCGGAAGUCCGCCACCCCCGCUGCACUUUCUACGAGCUCAAAGGCGAUGUCUGUGGUGGAUCCAUCUUGGGAGCUGCUGGAUCCGAUUCCUGAUAUCCGAGCAUUGUUUCUGCAGUUUAAUGACAUGUUCUUUUGGGGAAAAUUGGCUGGGGUAGAGGUGAAAUGGAGUGCAAGGAUGACACUAUGUGCUGGAGUUUGUAGCUAUGAAGGAAGAGGAGGUUUGUGUUCUAUACGCCUAAGUGAACCAUUACUGAAACUGAGACCAAGGAAAGAUCUUGUAGAAACACUUCUCCAUGAAAUGAUCCAUGCACUUCUCUUCGUCACACACAACAAUAAAGAUCAUGACUCCCAUGGCCCAGAGUUUUGCAAACAUAUGACGCGUAUAAACAGCCUCACUGGUUCUAACAUAUCGGUUUAUCACAAUUUCCAUGAUGAAGUUGAUGAAUACAGAAAACACUGGUGGCUAUGUAAUGGACCUUGUAAGACAAGGAAACCAUAUUUUGGUUAUGUCAAACGUGCAAUGAACAGGGCACCAUCGUCUCUUGAUCCUUGGUGGUCUGAACAUCAGCGUACCUGCGGAGGGACAUUUCUAAAAGUUAAAGAGCCGGAAAACUAUGGACAGAAAGGGAAAAGGAAGAAUGAGUCCUCUCAUUCUCAACCAACCAAACCAUCAGAUGUAAAAGCAGAUAAAAGUAACUUAAAAGGAGUUGAUAUUCGCACAGUCAUUCCUUUUAGUGGCGUUGGCUAUAAACUUGUUGAGUCCACAAAUUCAGCUGUCCCUCCUAAAGUACAGAGCAUUAAAAAUACUUCAACAGAUGGAAACAAGUCUUCACCGCACAGAUCGUCCAUCAGCACAAUUACCACCCGUGAGCCAUCCAUACCGAAUCAAGUUAAAAACAACACAAAUUCAAAGGCUACUGUACCAAAAAUCUCUGUUGCAAACACCAAAGCAUUCAUAAGUGUUGAUGGAUCCCCUAUAAAACUUAUGGGAAAUGGCAACAAACCAGUUCAGAAUGUGUCAACUCAUGACUUUUUCUUUUCUAAUAAGAAACAGAAGAAAAUUUCCUUUGCAAUACCAAGUUCAUCUACAAGCUUCCCUUCUGCUUCCCAGGGAUCAAACCAUGACGAAGGUCAUGUGCAGCCUACUAAGAGACCAAGAAUGAAUGACAAAAAAACACUGGAUGACUUUUUCAUGAAAACUUCCAGAAACAACACUACAAAUGGUGGAGUUAUGCCAAAUGUUAAUAAUGCUACGGGAUCAACUUCUAUAAUGACUUCCAGUUCUAACAGCCAAAGUAUGAAAGUCAGCUGCCCCAUUUGUAGAACUGAAGUUCUUGAAGUAAAAAUAAAUGACCACUUAGACGCCUGCUUAGCAGCCUGUUAAACAUAAUGAUUUUUAUUAAUAUUACAUAGCUGUUUUAUAAUAAAAGGUGCUAAUAUUUUAAAAUAUUUAAUAUAUUACUAAAAGCUUUCUGAUGCUAUGCACAUAAGUUUGCAUCCCAAAAAAUUCUCAGGUGAACAAAUUAAGCUGUAUGAUCAGAAUGUGUCUUAAUAUAAUGUUCUUUUUAUAAAAGAGAGGGUGUCUGUCACCCUGCUAAUGUGUUUGUCUUGCGUGUUUUUAUCUGUAUUUUGCAAUAAAUGUUUUAUAGAUUCA